AUGUCCGAAGGCGCGCUGAAGCCCGAGAAGGAUUUCUCGAAGGAGACCGACAAGCAGAUCCCGGAGGCUGAGAAGCUCGCGAAGAGCGAUAUCUCAGCUGCCAUCGAGAAGCUUAGUGUGCUGGAGAAGCAGACCCGCCAGUCCUCAGAUCUUGCCUCGACAUCGCGUAUACUCAUCGCCAUUGUAACGAUUGCCAAGGAUGCCGGGGACUGGAGCUUGAUGAACGAGCAGGUCUUGGUUCUCUCCAAGAAGCAUGGCCAGCUCAAGCAAGCUAUCACCAAGAUGGUCCAGGCGGUGAUGGGCUUCCUCGACUCUACACCGAACCUCGAAACGAAGCUCACCGUGAUCGAGACUCUCAGGACGGUUACUGAGGGCAAGAUCUUCGUCGAAGUCGAGCGUGCGCGCGUCACCAAGAUCCUCUCCGACAUCAAGAAGAAGCAGGGCGAUCUGAGAGCGGCGACGGAUAUCCUGUGCGAGCUGCAGGUGGAGACCUUCGGUUCCAUGGACCGUCGGGAGAAGACCGAGUUCAUCCUGGCACAAGUUGCUCUCUGCAUCGAGAGCGGCGACUGGACCCAGGCGGGCAUUCUCAGCCGCAAGAUCAGCACCAGAUACCUCUCGCGAAAGCCUAAGAAGACUGCCGAGCAGCUGGAGAAGGAGAAGAAGGAACGUGAGAAGAAGAAGGCGAGGGGCGAGGAGGUCCCCGAGGAGAAGGAGGACGACACGACCGACCUGAAGCUGCGGUACUACGAGCAACAGAUCAUCCUUGCGAAGCACGAUGACAAGUACCUCGACGUCUGCAAACACUACCGCCAGGUCCUUGACACCGAGGCUGUCGAGGAGGACCCUGAGAAGCUUCACCCCGUUCUGCAACGCAUCAUUUACUUCGUGAUCCUCGCUCCCCACGACAACGAGCAGCACGACCUUCUCCACAGAAUCCAAAAAGACACCAGAGUGAGCCAAGUCUCUGAAGAGGCUGAGCUCCUCAAGCUCUUUACCGUCCACGAGCUCAUGCGCUGGCCCGAGGUCUCCAAGAACUUUGGCCCGCAUCUCUGCGAGACGGAUGUUUUCGACGCUCAAGCAGGCCAGUCCGGAGACGAGAAGGCGCACCAGCGCUGGCAGGAUCUCCGCAAGAGGGUGAUUGAGCACAACGUGCGCGUUGUGGCCAAGUACUACACCCGCAUCCAGAUGAAGCGCCUGACACAGCUUCUCGACCUCACCGAGGACGAGACCGAGAAGUACAUCAGCGAGCUCGUCACCUCCAAGACCAUCUACGCCAAGAUCGACCGCCCCGCGCGUAUUGUCAGCUUCGCAAAGCCGAGAGACGCGGACGACAUUCUCAACGAGUGGAGCCACAACAUGAAGAGCCUGCUCGGCCACCUGGAGCGUAUCGACCACUUGAUUACCAAGGAGGAGAUGAUGGCCAACAUCCAGCCCAGUGGAAGCUCCAAGUCGAGCAAGGGAAAGGCUACCAAGGCGCAUUAG